AUGUUCCCUAAUCUACCCAUUUCAAUAUCCUCUCUUGGCUUGCGUUGCGUCGCGGACAAACCAGAAUCAGCCAACCUCUGCGUCCGAGAGCAUUUCUUCAAAUGUCCACUCUCCGACCCAUCUCCCUUUACAAGCAUUUUUGUGCUUCACUCAUGUUCGACGGAUCGCUCGACUGGUCUCGCCAACAAAAGUUCGACCACAGAAGUACAUAAUCUUGAAACAGACGAAUUUUGA